CAUGCACGACACUGCUAAUUCUUUCACAUGGCCUCGCGCUGGCAGGAUGAGGUGAACUAUGGUACAGCUUACCUAGCAGUGCUGGGCAUUAUCAACCAGCAUUCACUCUCCAUAUUUCGUGGUACGUCAGGCGUUUGCGGGGGGAAGUUCCGCUGAGUCAGACAAUUUCACACGCCGGCCUGCACUUUCCCGACCGACUGUCGCCGAUGCGCGAUGCACUUUCCCCAAGAUACCUGGCCGCCUGCCUUGCGAUUCGAGUCACCCCGUGAGGGAAGGAGCGGUGGGAUGGAUGGACAACGGACCCUUGACCACCGAGCCGUUGCAUCCAGAUCAGAUCUCCCACAGGGCAUUUGGCGUCUUGCAUCUCAGCCUGCGCAGCCAGUCGACGCCCUGGUGACCCAUGCACUCCCUGUUCCGCUGCGCGCGCCUGGACAUGAGUUGCACAGCAUGGAAACAAAACGAGCGGGCCGACCGGGUCGCCUGAACCAUAUCAACCUUACCAUUCAGCGGCCUCGGAGUCGAUGAUAACGCUCUGGACCAACCAGACGUCUUUUCCAACAACGCUCACGAUCCAGGCCGUAUCCCUCUCCCCAAUUCAACGUCGGACGCCUUUGACUAAGCGGCGACAGAGCACCAUGGCGCCCCCACAGCACAGCCAGCGGGCGUGGCGUUUGCCUAACUGCGGCCUGGAUCCGAGUCCGAGCCGUUGGAGCGGAUCCUGUGUGGAUCUUGCACGACCCUCGCCAUCAAUAUCCCUCCGCGUCCGUCUCUGCACCGCCGUGGAAGAAAAUGCAGGUUCAGGGAAGGGACUGUGACUGAUUUCUUUGCAAACGAGAUGCCGGACAACAACAAACCCCGACCUACUUACGGCGCGCCGGCGACAUGCGGCUACUCGGACCUGCCAGGCCCGUCCCACCCCGAGGUCCACAGCCAUGUGCCUUCAACUUAAGAACGGCCGCCCGGUGACAUUUAUGGGACGACGCGUUCCUGACAAGCUCCUUAUGCCGCCUUCCCUUCGUUGAUUAAUAGACUAGACUUGCUUGCCCUGACCAGGCCGAGGCUCAGAGCCGUUUUCUUUAUUCAUCAAUUUCCUUGCCACGAUUUGUCGUGUGGGCUGGACAUAGCGUCACCGGAAUGGAGUCCAACUGCGAUGAGACACUCGCAGACACCGAGCGCUCGCUUAGGAGUGAAGCGGCUUAUGGCGAAACUCAAUGGUCUCUGAAGCCGCAAGUCGCCGACUUUCGCGCAAGGGACAGCGCAUCGGGGUUUCCAGCUCGCGAAUUGGGCGUCACCUGGCAGAAUCUCACCGUCGAAGCCGUCAGCGCCGAUGCUGCCCUCCACGAAAACGUCGUCUCGCAAUUCAACAUUCCCAAGCUCAUCAAACAAUCCAGACACAAGCUUCCACUCAAGACCAUUCUUGAUAGCAGCCAUGGCUGCGUCAAACCCGGCGAGAUGCUUCUCGUCCUUGGCAGGCCCGGCUCUGGUUGCACGACACUUCUCAAUAUGCUUGCCAAUCACCGAAGAGGCUAUGCUAGCGUUUCCGGCGACGUACACUACGGCUCCAUGAAGGCCGAGGAGAUGGGCCAAUUCCGUGGCCAAGUUGUCAUGAAUACGGAAGAGGAGCUUUUCUUCCCGGCACUGACCGUUGGCCAGACCAUGGACUUCGCAACACGACUCAAAGUUCCGUUUCGAUUGCCAGACGGCGUUAGCAACAAGGAGGAUCUGAGGGUGGAGACCCGAGACUUUUUGCUCAAGUCCAUGGGCAUCGAGCAUACCCUCGACACCAAAGUGGGCAACGCAUUCGUCCGCGGCGUGUCUGGCGGCGAGCGCAAGCGCGUCUCAAUCAUCGAGUGUCUGGCUUCGCGAGGAAGCGUCUUCUGCUGGGACAAUUCAACCCGCGGCCUCGAUGCCAGCACUGCACUUGAAUACACAAGGGCUGUACGAGCCAUGACCGACGUUCUCGGUCUCGCGAGUAUCGUCACGCUUUACCAAGCAGGCAACGGAAUUUACAAUCUUUUCGACAAGGUCCUUGUUCUCGACGAGGGUAAGGAAAUCUUCUAUGGACCCAUGAAGGAAGCGCGACCGUUCAUGGAGUACUUGGGCUUCAUUUGCGACGACGGCGCCAACGUCGCCGAUUUCCUCACAGGUGUUACUGUGCCUACAGAACGCAAGGUCCGGACGGAGCUGGAGCACAAAUUCCCGCGCACCGCCCAGGCCAUCCGUAAUGAGUACGAGAAUUCCCCGAUCCGGGGCCGCAUGCAGGCCGAAUACGACUACCCCUUGACCGACGAGGCCAAGCAUAAGACCGAGCUCUUCCGCGAGGGUAUCUCCAUCGAGAAAGACAAGAGGCUGCCAGAUAAGAGUCCCUACACUGUCGGCAUCAUGGAGCAAAUCAAGGCGUGCGUGAAACGUCAGUACCAGAUUCUUUGGGGCGACAAGGCCACAUUCAUCAUCAAGCAGGUCUCGACACUAACGCAGGCGCUGAUUGCCGGCUCCCUGUUCUACAAUGCGCCUAACACGUCCGGGGGCCUCUUCACUAAGUCCGGUGCGCUGUUCUUCGCUCUUCUUUUCAACAGCCUGCUCGCCAUGGCCGAGGUCACGGACUCUUUUACGGGGAGACCUGUCCUCAUCAAGCAUAAGGCUUUCGCCUACUUCCAUCCCGCUGCCUUUUGCCUGGCGCAGAUCGCCGCCGAUAUUCCCGUUAUCCUCUUUCAGGUCUCCGUGUUUUCUUUGAUCCUGUACUUCAUGGUCGGCUUGACCCUGGAGGCGGGCCAUUUCUUCACGUUUUGGGCCAUCGUCAUCGCCACCACCUUUUGUAUGACGGCGCUCUUCAGAGCCAUUGGCGCCGCAUUCAGCACGUUUGACGGCGCCUCUAAAGUGUCUGGUUUCAUCAUUGCCGCCAGCAUUCUGUACGCCGGCUACCAGCUGCAGAAGCCGCAUAUGCACCCUUGGUUUGUGUGGAUUUUCUGGAUCAACCCACAAGCCUACGCAUUCGACGCCCUCCUCUCCAACGAGUUCCACAACAAAAUAAUCCCGUGCGUUGGCAACAAUCUGAUCCCAAGUGGCCCCAACUAUACGGAUGGUGCGAGCCAAGCCUGCUCUGGAGUCGGCGGUGCCGUCCCCGGGCAGAAUUUUGUUGACGGAGACGCCUAUCUUGCGUCCCUGUCGUAUAGCCACGCACACCUCUGGAGAAACUUUGGCAUCGUCUGGGCUUGGUGGGCAUUUUUUGUCGCCAUCACUGUCUUCGCUACGACGAGAUGGCGUUCGUCUUCAGAGAACGGACCGAGCCUGUUGAUCCCCAGGGAGAACGCACACAUUGUUAAUGCGCAUCGGCAGUCGGAUGAGGAGGGUCAGGCUAGUGGAAAGCAAGUCACCAGUACCUCACCGUCCGGUGAAAACUCUGGAGACGAGUCUGCACCGCCGAAUCUUGUCCGCAACACGUCGGUAUUCACUUGGAAGAACCUAUCAUACACGGUAAAGACGCCAUCUGGUGACCGCCUCUUGCUAGACAACGUCCAAGGCUGGGUGAAGCCGGGCAACUUGACAGCCCUCAUGGGAUCCUCCGGCGCAGGCAAGACGACACUUCUUGAUGUUUUAGCGCAGCGAAAAACGGAAGGAACCAUUCGUGGGUCUAUUAUGGUCGAUGGACGGCCGCUGCCGGUGUCUUUCCAACGAUCGGCCGGUUACUGCGAGCAGCUUGAUGUUCACGAAGCGUAUGCCACGGUUCGCGAAGCGCUCGAGUUCUCGGCGCUCCUCCGACAGAGCCGCGAGACGCCUCGCGAGGAGAAGCUCGCAUACGUUGACACGAUCAUCGACCUCCUAGAACUUCAUGACCUUGCCGACACCCUAAUUGGAGAAGUCGGCGCCGGCUUGAGCGUGGAACAACGGAAGCGAGUUACGAUUGGUGUCGAGUUGGUCUCGAAGCCUAGCAUCUUGAUCUUUCUCGAUGAGCCUACGUCUGGUCUGGAUGGCCAAUCGGCUUUCCACACUGUUCGUUUCCUGCGCAAGUUGGCUGCCGUGGGGCAGGCAGUUCUCGUCACCAUCCACCAGCCCUCCGCGCAGCUAUUCGCUCAAUUCGACACUCUACUGCUCCUGGCCAAAGGUGGCAAGACGGUGUACUUUGGAGACAUUGGUGAGCAGGCUAAUACCAUUAAAGAAUACUUCGGCCGCUAUGGCGCCCCGUGCCCGAUGGAGGCGAAUCCGGCGGAGCACAUGAUCGACGUCGUCUCUGGAUCGCUCUCGCAAGGCAAGGACUGGAACGAGGUGUGGCUGUCGUCCCCCGAGUACGAAAAGAUGACGACGGAGCUCGACCGCAUUGUCGAUGACGCGGCGUCAAAGCCGCCGGGUACUGUUGAUGAUGGCCACGAGUUUGCCAUGCCUAUGUGGGAUCAGAUCAAGCUCGUCACCCACCGGAUGAACGUUUCAUUGUAUCGAAACGUCGACUAUGUCAACAACAAGAUGGCGCUGCACAUCUUCUCCGCUCUGUUCAAUGGCUUCUCGUACUGGAAGGUUGGCGAAUCAUUCGCCGACCUUCAGCUCAAACUCUUCACGAUUUUCACCUUCAUCUUUGUGGCACCUGGUGUGCUGGCACAAUUACAGCCGCUGUUCAUCCACCGCCGCGAUAUCUUCGAGACGCGCGAGAAGAAGUCCAAGAUGUACUCUUGGGUCGCCUUUGUCACGGGCCUCAUCGUUUCCGAGAUUCCGUACCUCAUCAUCUGCGGUGUUCUCUACUUUGUCUGCUGGUACUACACGGUCGGCCUCCCAACUGCGUCAACCCGCGCAGGCGCGACCUUUUUCGUCAUGCUCAUGUACGAGUUCCUAUACACGGGCAUGGGCCAGUUCAUCGCAGCGUACGCCCCCAACGAGGUGUUUGCGUCGCUGGUCAACCCGGUGGUGAUCGGCACCCUCGUGUCCUUCUGCGGUGUCUUGGUUCCCUAUCAACAGAUCACGGCCUUUUGGCGUUACUGGAUGUACUACCUCAACCCGUUCAACUAUCUGAUGGGAAGCAUGCUGGUUUUCACCAUGUGGGGCACAGAUGUCAACUGCGCAGAGAGCGAGCUCGCCGUCUUCAACCCCCCGAACGGAACAACUUGCGCCGACUAUCUGUCGAGCUACCUCUCGCAGGGUAUGGGUGCGAUGGGAAAUCUCCUCAACCCGGAAGCGAGGGCUGAUUGCAGGGUGUGCACGUACACAACGGGCGAAGACUACUUGAGAACGCUGAACCUGAACGAAUACUACUAUGGCUGGCGGGACACGGGCAUCGUGGUGCUCAUGGUGUUUAGCUCGUACGCGCUGGUGUAUGCGCUGAUGAAGCUGAGGACUAAGACGUCCAAGAAGGCCGAGUAGGUGAUGUUCACGGCGCGUGGGGUCGCAUUUGAAGAAAAGUAAAUAGACUUCUAUUGUUGAAUAUUAUCGUUUAGACUUCGAAUAAUAGAUUAGGAAUGAAUUAUACAAUCACGCAGUUCACAU